AUGGAAGAACUGGAGGACGGUUUUGUGCCGGACUUUGUGCAUCUAGCAACGGCGGGAGAAGUAGCAAAUAGAAACAGCCUGGUUAAACGGGUGGGAAAUGCCAUGUACAUUUCGGUUGGCAGCCAGAUUAAUGCAUGGAACAUAAGAUUUUCUGAAAUUGAAAAGAGCAUUUUCACACUUAAGAAAAGGAUAACGCACUUUGACUUCUCUGACGGGAUACUGGUCGUAGGCUAUGAAAACGGAGUUGUUCAAAUACACUCAAAUGAGAUAAUAUCAUUCCGACCACAUUCCAGAAGGGUUACGAAAGUUGCAAAGAUAGGUGAUUGCAUUCUAUCCUCGUCUGCGGAUGGUAGUAUCAUUUUAUACGACCUGGUUGGAGAAGAGAUCAGGAUAUCCUAUGAAGGGAACGACAUAUGUGUGGAGAAGUUUUUCUCGAACUCUAAAGUUGUUGUUGCGGUUUGUACAGACAAUACACUGAGGGUUUGGGACUUGGAAGACAGGCAUAUAAAGAGUGUGCACAUGUUUGAAAAAGCCUUAAAAGACGUCUUUGUCAUGGAUGAAGAGGCAGUGAUAUUCUUCAGAGAUGGGGAAUCCACUUUUUACAAUUUAGAAGACAAGACAUCCCGUCCAUUUAACAAGUUCAAAAAGCUAAGAAAUAUCAAGAUAAAAGAAGAAAAGAUAUUCAUUCAGAGCAAGAACAAGUUACACAUCUAUGGAGUGGACAAAAGAGACAGAAUCAUACUAAAGCAUUUGGAAACAAUGAAAAUCAGUGAUAGAUAUGUAGACUUUGACGUGACACCAGACGGUGGGGUACUAUUUGCAGCCGUAGAUAACUGCUGGGAGUGUGUUGAGAAUGGAAAGAUUUACUCAUUUGGAUUCCAUAGAAAUGAAAUUCUAGGUUUUGAGGUCUGUGAAGAAAAGAUAAUCACAUUUUCAAAGGAGAGUAUAAUCAUCUGGUUGGUAGACGGGAAAGAGAUAAGGAAAAUUGGGAGUAUACGAAUAAAGCAUGGGAGAUGCAUGUGUACAUGGAGCAGUAAUAUUGUAGUUGGAAGAGAUGCAGGCUUCUCUUGUUACUCAAUCUUAAACUGCGAGCUGACUAGAGAAGAAAUUAUAGGGCCUGUGUCAUCAAUUUCUUCCAAUGCAGAUGAGCUACUGGUAGGAAAGGAUAAUGUAAUUCUGUUUUACGAUAAUACGUACAUGGUCUCUCGAAUAUUGGAGAUAGAAAAUCAAAUAUCAUCCAUAGAGGCAUCUGGAGCUCUUCUAUGUGUAGGCCUUUUGAACAGCAAGGUGCAUAUAUACAGCAUGGAUGACCUAAGUCUAAAGGUCACCCUGUAUGGACAUGCCCUUCCGGUUAGAUCGAUGCAGUUGUCUCCAGAUAGCUCCGAGCUCCUUACAUGCGGUGCAGAUAAAACUGUUAAAAUGUGGGGAACCCAGUUUGGAGAAUGCAGAAAAAGCUUCAUUGGAGACUCUAAAUGCGUAGAGUAUCUAAACAAGGAUCUAUUCAUGUUUGCAUCUGGCAGAGUUCAGUACUUUAAAAGAUAUGAAAAGCUCAAAGAGUUCAGGCAUUAUGACUCGAGCUUAGUAAAGGUAAGAAAAGAUAUGAUGAUUUCCUGUGGAAGAUUCAACAUAGAUCUUUACAGUAUGGACAAAUACGAACUUCAGAAGGAAGGGAAGGACGAAAGCGAUGAGGAGGAGGUCAUACAGACAGUUAGUGUGGUGAAUUAUAAGGUAUACGACCGGUUCCUAACGAGAUUGGAAGAGCUGUCCAACAGCUUCUCUAACGAGAAUGUUAAGUUGUUUUUUGACGUUCUAAUGGACAUAGAUUUUUGUGAGCUUGACAAGUUCCUAUGUCUAAUGAAUUCGUCAGACGUCAUCCAAGUUAUGAAUGUGCUAUAUGAAUGCAUCAAUUGGAAUGUAAUACUAGUUGGGAGGGUGUUUAUUUCUCUGGUUAGACUACAUAGAGACAUAUGUAUCUGUCACCCAAGAUUCAAAAUCUUUCUCAAGGGUAUCAUUGAUAAGACAGAGGAGAUUAGAGAACAAGCUAGUGGAAAUGAAGGAAAACUUCUUGUAAAGAAGAGUAUUUGUAUGCAAGAAACUCCUGACUUUGAAUAA